UUGUCAACCAACAAUUAGUGCUUGAAGGAGGAGGCUUUAAUUAGGUUUUUUUAAAGAAUUUGAAAGGUAAACGUUGUCUGUAACUAGGAUUAAUUGUUUCAGAUCCAAAACGGAUAUCAAAUCUCUUCGUUCAGCGUUACAUUACUUGGUACAACAUGUGCAUUUACAAUCCAGGGAGGCUGCACUGACGAAUGAACGCCGGCAUGGGAAGUGGGAAAUACAAGCCAGUUUGCUACGAAACCCUACAAACCUUGGUGGAAGCCAAGAAACGUGAUUCUGCUCAGCUUGAGGAAAAGAUCCUGAGGACGCGCCAGGCAGCACAGAGGUCCAAAGAGACCACGCUUCUGAGGCAGCACCGACAAGCCUGGAGCCGAGAGCACGGCAGAUUAGCCCGGGCCCGGGGUAAAGCAGAGUCAGAGCUUCAAGAAUUCUUGGGGCAAGGAGGGGCAGAUAUGGAAUUCUUGUCCCAGUUCCUGGAGUAUGAGGGGCUCCUGGAGAGGGAGCGAGCAGCGUUUCUGACAGCCACAGUGGAGCCCAUUUGGCAGCUGAGGGACGACCUACGUUUCCGACUGACCGAGGAGAGGCGAGGUCCUUCUCAACCGUGUGAACCAGACCUGAUCCUGCAGCAGGUGCAGUCUGUCAAGGGACAGCAGGCAGAGAUUGAGAAAAAGCUGCGUACUGAAUACCUACGAUUGGAGCGAGAAAUGUCUGCUAUGCAGACAGAGGAAUGUUUGUCUCCCAUCCAAGAGGACCCCGGCCACAUGGGGCACGUCCCGACAGAGAUCCUGCACUCGGAGUGCCCCUACCCCGAUUUGAAAGCGUCCCUUAUCCGUGAGUUCCAGGGCUUGUCUGAAAAAUACAGGUCCAGACUGGAGACCAUCAAGCUCAACCUGCAAGAUCUGGACAGGUGCUGUGGGUGGACUCCAGAAGAUCACCUGGCGUUUGAGGUCACCGUGAGCCAGUACCCAGCUAGCGUGUGCCUGCACAGAGCCCUCUACAUGGACAUGCUGCAGAGGCUUCUUCCCCAUAAAGCUAGACAGGAGCUGCAUGAACAUGAGCGUUGCUGGGACCAGUACCGCUACACCCUGGAGCAGCGGCAGACGCUGAUCCGCAGCUGGCGGCGGGAUUGGGCUGCCCUGCUGGACGAGGCUCUGUCGACCCUACAGGAGGCCCGGCUGGCCCAUUUGCGGGAGCUUGCUGAGUGGAGCGACCGGGAGCAGCAGCAGGACACCUGUGCCCGUCUCAGACAGAAGUUGCUGCAGUGGCGGCUGCAGCAGGAGGAGGCCGGCCGCCUGGAGGAGGCAGCGGUGGCCAGGAGGCGCGAGGAAGAGCAGGAGAGGCUGAGGAGGGAGCAGGAGCAAGAGGACAAGCGGAGAACUUUCGAAAAAGAGAGGAUCAGGGAGUACCGCUUCGAGAAGCACAGGAGGAGAGAGGAGCUUCGGGAGAUUGCGGAGCAGAGGCUGGCUGCGCUGAGGACGCUGAUGACAGACCGGGCCAGGAGGGAUAAGGAGAGGGUGCAGUUUCGGGAGGAGAUUCUGCAGCGUCGCAGGGAGGAGAAGGAAGCACAGGUGCUGAUGCGACUGCGGGAGCAGGAGGAUAAGCAGGAGCGACUGGAGUCCCUCAGGAAGGAGGUAGCGGUGUUCGUGGGGGCAGACCCAGAGAGAAUGAUGAAAGACACUCAGGCCUCUAAGAAUCGAUACCAGACGGGAGCAGAGGAGUUUGUAUUGCAUAAGCCUCUUUACCAUCUGCAUACGUACACUGACGCACAGGUCACAUCAGACCCGAGACUGCGCAUCGAAUGUGCUCUGCGGGAGGCUGGCCUCCACAACGCCUUGUACGCCCAGGAAGUUCUGUCCGGCAUCCAUCCCAAGAGGCCACCGCGAAGAGACACUGAGUCCACGGGCUUUCGGUUCUGAUUUCACCCAGAAAAUAUAUGGGACAGCUGGGCGAAAGCUAAGCUCUCACGCAGGUGGACAAUCGCCAGAGUGAUUUGGCGAGAUAUUUGUCUUGCUUGAGUCAUGUUGCCCCGUCUCCCCUCAGCUUUGGUCAUUAAAACUGCCCCUGAGUCAAACUUC